AUUCUUUCCGUUCUGUUCUGAGCUUGGCGAAGAGUUUGCAGAUGUGUUUCAGCAUGGGCAGUUGAAACAGCAGGACACUGCUCAAUAGUGUAACUUUUACAGAAUACUAAAUUAUUAAUUUCUUAUAUACAUAUGGGAAAUUGAUAUCUAAUAUUGUUGUACGGAAUCUAAGACUGUGCCGAUUUUAGAAUUUAAUUCAUUUGUUUUGUCUUGAACGACAAGGAAAAUGCCAGUAGCAACUCUAUUGCCUUUUACAGCUACCCCGAGUAGGAAGUCUGCCAGCCCGACCUCCUUUAGAUUGACAGAGAAAUUCAUUUUGCUAUUAGUUUUUAGCGCUUUUAUUACGCUUUGUUUCGGGGCAAUUUUUUUCCUGCCGGAUUCAUCGAAGCUACUGAGCGGAGUUUUCUUCCACUCGUCUGCGGUAGAAACCAACACGCGAACAGGUACGGAUAGUGAUUCAAACGUUGCAGUUGGGACGGAAGAAAAGAUAUUAACCAAGAUUAGAAAGGACCACGAAAAGGCUUUGGUUGAAGCAAAAGACACUCUCCAGAAACGACCAGACGAGAUAAAGCAAGAUAUACAAGACGAGAAGGACAAAGUUUUGAAGGAAGGUAAAGGUGGGAAAGAUUACAAUAACCUGCCAAUCAUUGAAUAUGUUCGGCCACCCGGAGCAACAGGGCACGAGCCCUCCGAUCCGGAAACCAAAGAGAGACGAGCAAAAAUUAAAGAGAUGAUGACAUUUGCCUGGGACAGUUACAAGCGCUACGCCUGGGGAUCUAAUGAGCUGAGGCCUGUUUCCAAGCAAGGCCACUCCAGCAAUCUGUUUGGGAGCAUAAAGGGAGCCACCAUCGUGGAUGCUCUGGAUACCCUGUACAUCAUGGAGAUGUUUGAGGACUUUGACAUGGCCACAGAGUGGGUGGAGAAGAACCUAGACUUCAACGUGAAUGCUGAGGUCUCUGUCUUUGAAGUGAACAUCCGGUUUGUCGGAGGCCUGCUCUCUGCCUAUUACCUUUCUGGCAAAGAGGUGUUCAGGAGGAAGGCCAUAGAACUGGGAGAGAAGCUGUUGCCUGCAUUCAAAACCCCCACAGGCAUCCCCUGGGCCCUCCUAAACCUGAAGAGUGGCAUCGGGAGGAACUGGCCUUGGGCGUCUGGAGGCAGCAGCAUCCUGGCGGAGUACGGCACCCUGCACCUGGAGUUCAUGCACCUCUCCAAGCUGUCAGGGAACCCAGCCUUUGCAGAGAAGGUCAUGAACAUCCGGAAGGUUCUGAAUCGCCUUGAUAAGCCCCAGGGACUGUACCCCAACUACCUGAACCCUAACAGCGGACAGUGGGGACAACAUCAUGUGUCAGUGGGCGGCCUGGGAGACAGCUUCUAUGAGUACCUCCUCAAGGCCUGGCUGAUGUCGGACAAGACAGACGAGGAGGGCAAGAAGCUCUACUACGAAGCUCUGCAGGCCAUUGAGACCAGUUUGAUAAGAAAGUCCAGCGGGGGACUGACGUAUAUCGCUGAGUGGAAGGGCGGCCUGCUGGAGCACAAGAUGGGUCACCUGACGUGCUUCGCCGGGGGCAUGAUCGCCCUGGGGGCGGACGGAGCGCCCGAGGACAAGACGGGUCACCAGAUGGAGCAGGCCUCAGAGAUUGCCCGCACCUGCCACGAGUCCUACGCCCGCACAACCCUGAAGCUGGGCCCAGAGGCGUUCAGGUUUGACGGAGGCGUGGAGGCCAUCGCCACGCGGCAGAACGAGAAGUACUUCAUCCUGAGGCCAGAGGUCAUAGAGACCUACAUGUACAUGUGGAGGUUCACCCACGACCCUAAGUACAGGGAGUGGGGCUGGGAGGCCGUGCAGGCUCUGGAGAAGCACUGUCGUGUGGAGGGGGGCUACAGUGGAGUGCGGGACGUCUACGCCUCCAGCCCCAACCAUGAUGACGUCCAGCAGAGCUUCUACCUGGCCGAGACACUCAAAUACCUGUACCUGCUCUUCUCUGAUGAUGACCAUCUUCCCUUGGAGCACUGGGUGUUCAACACCGAGGCCCACCCCCUCCCUGUCAUUAGGAAGGAGAUGACAGACAAGCCCAGCCAGCUGGAGUAGAGUGGUCCUCCUGGAUCACCCCCUGACCCUCCCACCACCAAACUCCUCUACCCCCUCCCCUUCUGAGCAGUGGGCGGAGCUGUCUCUUACUCCUCCCCCACCAUGGGUGGAGCUCACCCAGGCAGGCCGCUUCCCUGGCAGACUGGACUCUCCUGUUUUGGAGUCCCUGACCAGAACAGAUGGAACCGGACCGGCUGCCUGCCUCUCCAGAUCCAGACUGCCCCCUACUGGGGACUGGGAGGAACCACCUCAUCCAAGAGUUCUCCUCUUGUCAUCUUGUAAAGAUAGUCUGCAUGCUCCCCCCUCCCAGUGCUGUAAAUCUACCCUCCUCUGUGAGGAGAACAGGACACUGCGCUGUAAGAUUUGCCGCCACUCCAAAAAAAGCCAUACUGAUUUGAAGAAAGCUUUGUCAUUUAUUUUCUUUCGUUCUUUCCACCAUUUGAGGUAUGUGUUUGUGGGUGUGACUGACAAUAGAUCAAUGUCAAUCAACAUAUCACAUUUGUGUCGUUCUUAUCGUAAGUAUGAUUUUAGUCAGACUUUAACAAUGGACCAUUUAGGUGGAUUUCUGUUUAAGACCCAGAGCUUGGUUCUCACCUGCUUGAUAGUCAAAUCUUAACUAGUGCCUUUCAGUCUAAUAUGGUCUAUCAAAUAAGCAGUUCAGGCAAAUGGCAAGGUUUUUAAUUUAAACCGGUAGGUAGGUCAUCAUUGUUCAGAUGGCAUGGUUGAUUGAGAGCUUUGUCUCCUCCUCUACCACACUGACAUCUGGUGUUGAACACCAGUAAUACACCAGUCCAGUCAGAUGAGUGUAGCAGGUCAACAUAGAGUAUUAAAGGAGACGAAGUACCUUGAUGGGAAAAGACCUGCACUGAGAAUAACCUCUGUUUUUAAACAAGUAGAAAUGUUGACUAUCUAUCUGUUCCAUCAAUUCAUUCAGCCUAGUCACCCACCCCCAUCAUCAUGUUCCUUUAUUUUUUAAUUGACAAAGUUGACAUGUGCUUUGUUUGUUUGUUUGUUCCUUUAUUACAGGUGGUAGAGACAUUAAUCCAUGUGAUGUAAAAUAGUUGCUUUGCUGUUAAUUUAUUCCAUAGUACAUAGUUAGGACGGUUUGGCAUCAGGCACAUUGGUGGCACUGUGGAGAGAAUGGGCCCUGUGUUGUUGUUUAGGUGCAUUAUUUGGGAGAUGGGAGGGAGACCGUGUUGGGGAGACAAGGGCAGAAUCAGACCAAGAAUUUGGGAGUCAAUCAUAUGUAACGAAUGCAUCGUAUGAAUGUACCAUCAAAUGUGAACUGAAGAUUGUUUUACCUUUUGUUGUUCUAAAUGUGUUUGUUGAGAUUUAUUUUUUGUUCCUUUCUUCUGGACAGCACACAAUGCUGAAACAAUGUGUCGUGGUACCCAGAGCAAUCUAUUUAAAGAGGUGGGACAUUGAGGUUCCUGCAUUAUGAGGCAUUUACAUGACACCUCAACAUUCUAUGGCAGCCAUGUUAGUUCCCCAUUUAUGUUACAUAGGGAAUAUUUAUACAUUUAAUAAUGAUGAUAAGAGCGUCUGCUAAAUGACUUAAAUGUAAAUGUAAAUGUAAACGGAAUGUCUAGGAUAAGAAAUAUUCCAAAUUCGUAGUUUGCCCAACUCUCUAAAAUAUAUGGCUCUGUUGGUACCGAUUAGAGGAAGCUGUUAGUCAGUUCAGAAGAAGAGGAAGCACUAAGAAGAGUUGUUUAGUUGUGUUGAAAUGCAAUGAGAAGAUGCAAGGAAGGCUGUAUACAUAUGAACAUACAUACAUACAUACAUACAUGCUGAAUACUGUAUAAAGACAAGAUGAUGAAUACAUCGAAGUGGUCACACUGUACAUGCAUAUCGUAUUCAGAAGUACACACUACACACUCACACCCUCCAACACACUUAUUGACAUGGAAGUUUAUGGACACUCAGAAAUGGAUUUUCAGGUGACCACAGGACCCAUCAAACCACUCUGUUGUCUCAUCAUAAAGGCAAAGUUAAAGGGGAGCGGAUUUGGUCUCGUGGUCCUGUUCUUCUGUAGUGUACAUCUUUCACAGUCAGGGGCCACUGAUGUCCACAUACAGUACAUCUUAUUGGGAAAUAAACGGGGUAGGAUCAAGAGGUCUUGAAGAAGGGCCUUCGUCAUGGUUGAAGUCAUUUUCUUACAUUAGAGGAUAGACCAGACAAGAGGUUUGAGAAGCUGAUAUCAGCCCACUACUGGAGCCUAACUCUGCUUUCUACAGCAUUCUUUAAGACAUAAUAAUAAUACCUGUUUACCUUACUGGAGGAAGCAAUGUUAAUGAGAGAAACUGUGAUGUCCAUGUAGGCUGACAUCCCUACUACCUAGUUCAGUUCGGUAGCCAUUCCGGCUCCAGGGAAGAGCGUCACUAUACACUGUGAUACACUGUAGAUAUGAAAUUGCUGCAUUCACCAUCUCUGCACUGCCGGAGAGCCUAAGUGGUUCUCCUGACUGUUGCAGCUUUAGGGAGCAGCAGAGAUUACUCGUAGUGAUACUGAGAAACUUCAAGUCGCUGUAAAAUGCUAACACAUGACAUAUGAACCAUUUCCUUUCAUCUUUGUUUCAGAUAUGCAGACUAGAAGACGUGCUGUUCAUUUCAAAUUGACUUUGUGGUUGAAUAUUGUGUUGAUGAUCUCUCACAUUACAAUGCCUUUAUUUGUGAAUCUCUUGUUAAUGGUUUUGUGAAACAACCUCAAAUGUAAAUGGUACAAUAAUGCUGAUAAUCAUUCCAUUGCACAUAGUUUAUUUUGGUUUAUAUGCAAGUUUAAUUUUGUGAGGAAUUGUUCUGUUCUGUUUUUUUGUGUGUGGUUUGUUAUUGAAAUGUAAAUAUUCCAUUCUGGCAAAUAUGCCAUUAUACAUUUAUAUAAAUCUUAUGAGCUUAAAUCAUAUUAAAUGAGCAGCAAAAUGUUUCAUAAACUAUAUUUGUUACACUUCUAUUGUGAAUAAAACAAUCUUUAAUAUCAAGCA